AUGCGUCUCUCGCUCGCUUCGUCUCUCUUGCCUCUGGCAGUUUCUGUUGGAGCGCUCUCUGUUACUUCUCCCGAGAAGGGAGCGGAUAUUGAUGCUUCUGGUUCUUUCACUGUGAAGUGGUCCUCUGUCGACACCGACCCCUCCACAUUCGAUCUCUACCUCGUUAACAAUGCGGUCUAUCCCAGUGUUGAGAAGAAAAUUGCUUCCAACAUCGAUACAUCCAAGGGCUCCUACACUGUUGAUGGCAUCUCCGGCCUCACUGAUGGAAAGGGUUACCAAAUCAGCCUUCUGUCCAAUUCGGGCCGCAACACCGGUAUCCUUGCUCAAUCCGAGCAAUUCAAAGUAGCAGGUGGCUCUGAAUCCAGCUCUACGUCCACCAGCGCCAGCGCUUCCUCUUUCAGCGCUUCCACUGGUUCUUCCUCUACCCGUACUUCCGUCCCUACCGGUACCUCUACCGGUACCCUAAGCAAGGCCACCAAGACCAGCAGCAUUACCAGCGCCAAGUCAUCCUCAACCUCAUAUUCUUCCGCCACCGCUUCUUCCACUGGUGCUGCCGCCAACGGAACCACCUCUGGCUCUUCUCCCAACUCUACCGGCGCUGGUGUCAUUCUCACUGCACCUGUCACAGCUGCUGCCGGCUUGUUGGCUGGUGUCUUGGCCCUAAACCUCUAA